UCGAAUCAACUACGUCUCCGCUUUAAAUUUCUCUCCACAAAAAUAGCCUGACAGCAACAGAAGCAGGGAAUCAGACAGAGAGAGAACCAAAAGAAAGAUAAAAAAGUCAUGUCUCGCUUGACGUUGGUGUCCUCGAUCAUCCUUCUGAUAUGCUGCGCCACCGCAGCAUCAACUUUCGAGGACUCCAACCGUACCCGGAUGGUAUCCGAUGGUCUCCGUGGCUUCCAGUCCUCUGUUCUUCGUGUCAUCGGUCAUACUCGUCAAGCUGUCUCCUUCGCCCGUUUUGCUUACAAGCAUGGGAAAAGGUACGAGAACGUGGAGGAGAUGAAGCUACGAUUUCAGAUUUUCAAAGACAAUUUGGAUUUAAUCAGAUCCACUAACAAGAAAGGAUUACCUUAUACUCUUACUGUUAAUCAGUUUGCCGAUUUGACCUGGGAAGAGUUUCAAAAACUUAGGUUGGGAGCUGCUCAAAACUGCUCUGCUACCACAAAGGGCAAUCACCAACUAACGGAUGUCGUCCUUCCUGAAUCGAAAGAUUGGAGGGAAGCAGGCAUAGUAAGCCCAGUCAAAGAUCAAGGCCGCUGUGGAUCUUGCUGGACGUUCAGUACUACUGGAGCUCUCGAGGCAGCUUACCAUCAGGCAUUUGGGAAAGGGAUCUCUCUUUCUGAGCAGCAGCUUGUGGACUGUGCUGGAGCCUUUAAUAACUUUGGUUGCAGUGGUGGGUUGCCAUCCCAAGCCUUUGAAUACAUCAAAUAUAAUGGUGGCCUUGAUACCGAGGAGGCAUACCCUUACACAGCAAAAGAAGGUCAAUGCAAAUUCUCAUCUGAAAAUGUUGGUGUCCAAGUCAUUGACUCUGUCAACAUUACCUUGGGUUCUGAAGAUGAAUUAAAGCAUGCAGUUGCCAUGGUUCGUCCAGUUAGUGUGGCAUUUCAAGCUGACAUUUUUUUCCAAUUUUACAAGAGUGGAGUUUACACCAGUGGCACAUGUGGUAGCACUUCUAUGGAUGUGAACCACGCUGUUCUUGCAGUUGGGUAUGGAGUUGAAAACGGUGUUCCUUAUUGGCUCAUCAAGAACUCAUGGGGAGCAGUAUGGGGUGACAAUGGCUACUUCAAGAUGGAGUUGGGGAAAAACAUGUGUGGUGUGGCAACAUGUGCAUCAUACCCCGUUGUUGCUUGAUUUGAUAGAACUGUCUGGAUUAGGUCAGUGCUAUGUUAUUCAAGCCCUCUAGUUACGGUCUACGAAUGUUGUAGUUGUCGAUCUCAAGAGGCGAGGGGUCAUAGUGUAGUUGAAGGGUGCUGGCUUGAUGCACAAUAAUGUCUAGGACGAAUAAGACGCAAAUGUAUCGUACACAACAAAACAGAAUGGAAAUUUUAUCUUUGAAUGCUUCUCGUGUAAUAACUUGCCAACAUUGGGAAUCAAUUUAUAUCCUUUUAUAUUCCCCCUAAAUAGCACCCAAGUUU